AUGGCCCAGGGCCGCCCUGACACAUCAUGGCAUUUCGUCGGCCAGGCUUCUGCAUUCCCUAACGUCACUUCUGACAAGGCAAGCGCUCUCAAUGAAACAUAUCCAUGUGGAAGUAGUCGCGAGCCAAAGUCAGCUUCCUCCGCUACUGGCUGCAAGGUUUUUUUCGUGUCCGAGGAGAAAGACUCUGAUGCCACACCUGUCGACCUGAGUGACCCAAUCAAGGCUCUAGAGCUCAAGAAUCAGGUCCUCAUCUUUCAAUAUAACGGAAAGUUCCAUGCUAUUGAUCAUAAAUGCCCUCAUUCCUCAUUCCCAUUAUCACAAGGGAUACCGUUUGACAUCGAAGAUUUUGGGGUUGUAUUGAGCGCUGGGAUCCAGUGUCCAAAGCACGGCUGGUCGUUCGAUCUCUUCACAGGCAUGGCGGAUAGGAAUGCGUACAAACUGACAAUAUGGGAACUGCAGCUACGUCCUGCAACUGUGAAUCCAGAGCAAGGAGAGAAUAGCCCAGACCAAGAAAUUUGGGUGCGGAAGAAACCAAGGAUGGGAUGA